CUCACAGUGCCAUGCGAUAUGAUGGCCAGGCGCUCAUUUAAAAUAUAUGUUGCUUUCUGUAUCCAGGAUAUUGUGCAGCUUAUUCCUCUACAAUGACGCACUAAACUCUCUUCUUUGCGUGUGUUGUUUCGUCAUCCCUUUACUCAGCAAUCCCAUCUACUGCUGAACCCGCGAAGAGAAGGCCGAGACGAGGAGGGAGCGGCGAAGAGGGAAGAUGUCGUGAGGCACGAAAGGGAAGGAGGAGAAGACGGAGAGUGCGUACGUGUGCUUUCCGGAGUCCUCGCCCAGUGCAGCACAGGAGUCAUGCGAGCGAGCUUGAGCUGAGGCUCCCAUGCUCGUCUCAGUCGGGGCCCAGUCCAAAUCCACCCUGCAUCUGUGCACCUCGAACCCUUCUUUUCCUUCCCUUCCAUACGGCGGAUGUUGAAGGAACUAUUCGAGGAAUGAGAGGAAAUCUGUAUGGAUGGUGAGAGAUGGAUUUGAAGGAAAGCGAGCCUCAUGCCCUCCUGGAUCUCUGCUCUCAACUGCAGAGUGGCCGACAUUGCGAUCCCAUCGUCUGCCAGGCCAAGAUCAACAAAUACCUGAGUCGUGUGACCUCCUGCAAGACUGCCUUCUUGUUCCUCGUCUCAGAGGAAGGACUGGAACUCAGUUGUGGAGUGGUCGGGGACAAACCCCUCGCCAGUGAUGUCAAGAUUCCUGUGAGCCUUGCUUCUUCCUCAUCCCGUUGCGUCUCAAAGACGAGCAACAGCCUGGGGAGCGCGGUGUUGGAGAACCAGGUUAUCAGCUUCCUGGAACUAAAUCCAGCACACAGACAGGCCGUGCUGAAUCUCCUCGGAUUCCCAAUCCAUUCCUUCCUAUGUGUUCCCAUCUCCUGCCCCGACAAGAAUGAAUCUGGAGCACCAGUGUCCCUGUUGGCUUGUUUGGCACAGAAGGCUGGAAGACCUUCCUUCACAUCAAGAGAUGCUGCAUUGGUCAGGGAAUGCUUCCGGGUUGUUCUAGGACCUCUCAUGGCAGCUUUGGCAUGUUCAGAAGAAAGGAGACUGAGGAAGCAGUGUCAGAGUCUGCUAACUGUGGCUAGGAAUCUCUUCAAGCAUCUCAGUGAGUUGUUCUUCGUUGCAAAUUUUUUAGAUUAGCCCCUAUCUACAUCAGUUCAUGCUAUAAUAUGGUCUACAUUUCAGAUGAUGUGACUACAUUAUUGAGGGAGAUCAUGUAUGAGGCUAAGAAUCUCACCACUGCCGAGAGGUGCUCCCUGUUCCUCAUGGAUGAGACCAGGCAAGAAUUGGUGGCUAAGGUUUUUGAUGGACCAGAGGACUUCGCAAUCAGUUGUUCCAUGGAAUGUGUCUGUGUGGUUCUUGACCCAGAAUGCAUUAUCUGAGGUGAGGCUCCCUAUCUCCAAGGGGAUUGUUGGUUAUGUGGCCCGGACAGGAGAACUGCUAAACAUCAAAGAUGCUUAUGCACAUCCCCUCUUUUACAAGGGCAUGGAUGAGGCAACAGGGUUCCAUACCAAGAACAUACUCUGCUUCCCGAUCAAAGAUGAGGCUCAAGUCAUUGGUGUGGCUGAACUGUGCAAUAAGGUUUCAGAUGAUGAGAUCGAGCCAAUUCUGAAAGCUAACAUUCCGUCUCCAGAGGGGAUACGCUCUGACUUCCACACUUUCCGGUACACACCACGCUCUAUCAUGGAACGGGACACUCCAAUGGCCAUCAUAGCCAUCUUCAAGGACUUGAAUAUGCUCCAGCGUUGGAGAAUUCCCAUUGAAGCUCUUGCCAGAACACUGGACCUUUUAACUAACAGGGAUUUGGAGUGCCUAUGCUUGUUGGUGGCAUGUCUUUGCCAUGACCUGGACCAUAGAGGCACCACUAAUUCCUUUCAAGUGGCGUCAAAUUCUGUUAUUGCCUCCCUGUAUAGUUCUGAAGGUUCUGUUAUGGAGAGGCACCAUUUUGCUCAGGCCAUGUGCAUCUUGAACACAGAGAAAUGCAAUAUGUUGGACAAUCUGUCUGAGAAGGACUUUGAGGAGUCCAUCAACCUCAUCCAGGAACUCAUCCUUGCUACUGAUGUGGCAAGGCACCUCCAUCUCAUGCCACAGUUUCGGAAAAUGAUGGAUACUGGGUACCAGAAGGACUCACUGGAGCAUCAUCGUCUCCUGCGUUGUCUUCUCAUGACUGCCUGUGAUUUCUCUGAUCAAACCAAAGAUUGGAUUUCCUGCAAGAACAUUGCUGAGAAGAUUUAUCGGGAGUUCUUUCGCCAAGGAGACCUGGAGAAGGCAAUGGGGAAUCGACCUCUGGACAUGAUGGAUCGGGAGAAGGCCUGCAUUCCCAGUCUUCAAAUACAGUUCAUUGACGAAUUUGCACUCCCUGUCUUUACGUGA